AUGACAUUGAGGCCCAACAAGCGCCGGCGUACUGGUACUGACGCGCACCUCAAACGAUCAUACUACGAAGAGAUUGACGACCUUGAAGACCCCGACACAGUGCACUCCAGCGAAGGCGUUAUACGAAGCAUUGGGGGAUCAAGGCGUGCAACGCGCAUUGAACAUUCGCCGCUGCGAGAGGCUGGAACUUCGUGGCUGCAGUGGGCAUCGUGGUCUCCGCCUGACGAUGAAGAAUUGGACCUCAAUCCGGACAGCAAUGACUUUGACAAUGCCAUUUAUUCCGAGGUGGUAACCGACAAUCACGCCAAUGAGCAAGACAAAAAUUUGACAAGUGUGCAACCACCUCUUGAACCCGGAAAGCCUGAAAAAAAGCAAAGGAGCAAAGUAUCAAAACGACCGCAUGUGGUUUGGAAGGAAACAUAUCGACAGUCAUACCUUGAAGAGAUUAUUCGCUGGGCUGGGCGUGGAGACUUUCGCCAUGCCAAACAUUGCCCUGAUUGUGUAGCUCGUUCAAAAGACGUUCCCGGCAGGUGGACUGGCUCUCACUUCACGGAGGUGUCACUCAGAAGCCUUGGACUGAUUGUCCAGCUCAACCAUUCCGCGGGGUACUGCGAAUCGCCGGUUCCUUGUCACAGAAGCAUGCUAGUACUUCAUACAAAUGGAAUACAUUCUGUCAACAUCCAGUACUGCCAAUGUCAGAGAGCAAUCGCACCCCAUCUUCAACUUCUUCGACGUCGACUGUAUCCAGCAACCCAACUGGCCGUCAAGACUGUAGCUACGUUUGAGCUCCUUCAACACUUGCACAAGAUGGCGCUCACAACAAAGGCUUCCACAUAUGAUUUCUAUCGUUGUCUGGAGAAGACCACAACAAACCUGGGGAUUAACGUUCCAAAUUCACGGUAUCGGCCACUAAUGCGGAUGGUUGUGCAGUGGAGGCAUCUUCACAUGCUCAAGUGGGCGGGUCGUGGCCAUAGCAUCUCAGGAGUAGAAGGGACUGCUCCUGGAGAACUCGCCAUUCGGUGUCCCACCUGUCCUCAUCCGGGAAUUAACCUUCCUGAGGAUUGGAGCAGUGUUCCGGAUGCUAAGAAGUUUUUAUAUGCGGUUUUUAUUUGCAUGGACGCAAAUUUCCGGUUGAAAAACCAGAUGGUGUCAAAUCCAUCCCAAGAUCCUGGGCUUGGAACGGGGUGGGCAUAUAUGAUUGAGAAGGAGAAAUAUGAAAGCUAUGUGAAGAGCAAGGCAAGCGAGAAAGAUAUCAGUACAUGUGUCGGAUUUCAAGCCCUCGCAAAGGCCAACACCAAGUUUUCCAAGGGCUUGCGAUACACUGGCGUUGGUGCAGCUAUAUGCGGCCGUUCGGAGAUGAUAUUUCCGACCUCUGUUGGGAAUUUGCAAAAAGGCGAGCGUUAUGCCAAUAUGGAUUACGUCUUUGGAAUGGCAUUGAAGACGCUAGCUAUUUGUUUGGUGCUGGCUAGCUACAAUGUAUGCUGCCAGUGGUUCACAAAGUUGUUGAAAAGAAUAAAGGAGGACUGGCCUCCUGAAAUCAAACCCCCGCAAAACCUCCGCCUCACUCCAGCAAUCCCCAAGCUACAUGAAAGAAUGCACAAGGAGAAAAAUCACCAUGUAUAUUCCCUAAAUCUGAUUCCCGGCGUGGGUCAUACAGAUGGGGAAUGCCCUGAGCGUGUUUGGGGUCCACAUAAUCCUCUCGCAAACGCUACGAAAACUCAGGGCCCCGGUACAAGGCAGGAUACACUUGACGACCAUUUCGGCUUUUGGAACUGGCAGAAAUAUUCGUCUCUCAGUACGACCCUGCUACGACGGUACCGAAACGCCAUAACAGAGAGAAACAUUCAAACAGAGGGUCAUCGUGGCUUGACAAGGUCUCUGCAGAAGGAACACAAGGAAAAGGUCGAGCAGUGGGAGGCCAUGUGUGAGGCAUGGGAGGCCGACACCUUUCCCAAAACUGUUCCAAAUCCGUACGACAUGCCGGACAACACUCUUUCGGAGGCCCAAGUUAAAAAGGACCUGGCUGAAGCGGAAGCGGCAUUCCUUGCUGAGGGCGGCUCAUUUCCGCAUGCUACAACAGCUUCAAUGUUCAUCUCUCAGGGACUUGACCUUGAAGAAGCACAACGUCGUAUUCAAAAGGUUGCCAAGGGUGUUAGUGAUUUAUCCACAGUCAGACAGGCCGGGUCAUUGACCGAGCAGCGAAACAUACUGUCAACGCGGAUCCGUGCUUGGGAGCUACUGCAGCCCGUGUACAUGCCAGGCAUUCUUCAGUACCAAGCCGACCAUCCUAUCACUACAAAUACGGAGAAUCCUGAAGACUCUAUCCUCCGACUACCAUCAACCAUUCCAGAACCUCACAGAUCUUGCAUAUCAACUCACAAGCUUCCGUUGGUCGAGGAGAAACUUUGGCACUCGCAGCUUAUAGAUUCUCUCAGCACGCUCCGACAAAUUCUGAAGUUCAAGAGUAGAAUGAUUCACUUCAAGAAAAAGAACAUUAGAGGACAGCGAGACGGCACGCGAUCAACGUCUGUCAUCGACCGUGUUCAUGAAAGGGCAAGGUUUGCCGCCCAGAAGUAUCGCGCAGCACGGGUUGCCUACAUGUCAUUGCGUGGUCCAGGCGACUGGGAAGAAACCUUUCAAAAGCUGGAAGACAAGGAUAUCAGGGGAUAUCAGGAUCCGGAAAGAAUACGAAAGAAGGCCGGUCGCAGAGGGACCUUGGACGAUGAACAGGUUGCUGAGGCUUCACUUGGACAAGGCGAAGGGGUAGACAACGACGAGGAGGAUGAAGAAGAAGAAGAAGAAGAAUUGACGCUCUUGGAUGAUAAUCGAGUUCGGCGAGACGGAUCUGGGGAGACUCGGCGAACCCUUUCUUGGAUUUGGACAGUCAAUCUGGGAGGAGCUUCAGAGGAAGAGGAAGAUAAUGUCAUGCGAGUUGAAUGGGCGAAAAGCAGGGCAAGAUCUCAACGUGCAUCGGAGGAGGUCAUGCUACUUAAAGAGGAGAUGCGACGGGCAUUGGCGUUUUUCAGUUGGAAAGCGGAUUGGUGGAGAAGUCGUCAAAAUGGGGUUGCAAGAGAGGGUGCCUCAAAAGAUUUACUCGAAGGAAUUUCAGCAUAUGCAUUAUCGCAAGCAGAGAUUCAGGAAUUAUUAGGUGCUCAUUGUGAGAAGCUGUGGCGACACGCUCUGGAUCCUGCGUUGGAUAUUGCUCAGACUUCAGAAGUGCAGAUGGAAGAUGAUGACGGAGGUGAUGAGACAGAAGAAGAAUUGGAGGCCUCAAUUAUUGAAUAA